UUCUACGACAAUUCGGACGGCCGACUACCAGCCGGGGCGACUGUGAACCUCCUCCUCCUCUUCCCUCCACUUCCUUCUCUCCCUCCUCCUCCUCCUCUACUUUCCCUCCCUCUUCCUUCCUCUCCUCCUCGCCGCAUCCGCCGUCAGUCCCCGCGGCUGGAUUAUACUUUUUCUUUGCAUCAUGUCCACCCCUUCCACGGCUACCGCGACGCAUCCGCAUCAGCAACACUACGGAUACCCCCAUCAUCAACCCUACCAACCGAACGCAUCGUAUCCGACCACGUCCGCUGCAGGCACCACUUGCCUCGUCACCUCCUCAUAUCCUUACGCCGUUCCCGUACCGACACCUACCCUUCCUUUCACUCAGUCCCCCAAGAUUAUGCCUGCCGCACCCAUCCCGACAACGACGACAACAACUACUACGACGACCACGACAAUGCCCCCGACCCACAACGCCGUGGGCGCUGGGCCCACAGCGCAGACGAGCCGGAGGAGAAAGCCAAACUGGGGCGAGUUCUACAAGAAUGGGAUCCCAAAGGAGGUGAUUGUCAUCGACGACACACCUCCUCCGGAACAGUCCAAAGCCCCCUCGCGCAGUCUCGCGACAGCAUCCACGGUCACGGCAACCACCGGCACCGUGCCUCAGCCCGCUGGCAAGAGGCGGCGCACCGGCAUCGAUACGGCGUACGAUCUGGGGUACUAUGAUCGCCCAUCGUAUUCGAUCAACCCCCAGCAGUAUGGGGAAGAGUCCUCGGCCGCUUCCCUCUCGACUGAUCGGACGACGUCUCUGCACACCACCGCGCCUACCUCCCUCUCGCAGGGCAGUUCGGGGGCCAGCAAUGGUAUCAUCUAUGAAGAUGCCAAUGUCGGCCAGAAACGGAAGCGCGUCACCACCCGGAAGUCCGCUCGCGAUGAGCAGAAGCGACGAGAGUUGGAGAACGCGGGUGAUGCGUUCUUGAGCUACAUCCCGCCUCCCAAGCCGCCCAUCAAAGCCAAGGACGUCCCAGUGCCUGUGAUACGCGAUUAUGCUAGCCGGGGCGAGAAGUUCGAUGAUGACGAUGGCCAUUAUAUCGUCACCCCGAAUACGGCCUUGACUGAUCGAUACUCCAUCAUCAAACUCUUGGGACAAGGUACCUUUGGUAAAGUGGUUGAGGCGUUUGACAAGCAGCGCAAGACCCGCUGCGCAGUCAAGAUCAUCCGCUCCAUCCAGAAGUACCGAGAUGCAUCGCGGAUUGAACUGCGAGUGCUGUCCACACUGGCCUCAAACGACAAACAGAACCGAAACAAGUGCAUCCAUUUGCGAGACUGCUUUGACUAUCGAAACCAUAUCUGCAUCGUAACCGAUCUGCUUGGGCAGAGUGUAUUUGAUUUCCUCAAGGGUAACGGCUUCGUGCCCUUUCCCAGCAGCCAGAUUCAAAACUUUGCCCGGCAGUUGUUUACCAGUGUAGCCUGUGAGUGCUUCGCUUUGCCUGCUUUGAGUUCUCUUCUAACCGAUGCAGUCCUUCACGACCUGAACCUCAUCCACACAGACUUGAAACCCGAAAAUAUCCUCCUUGUCAGCAACGCUUACCAAACUUUCACCUAUAAUCGCACGAUUCCGUCCUCUUCGCAUGCUAUUUCUCGGAGCGCUCGUCAAAGACGGGUGCUGUUGGACAGCGAGAUCCGUCUGAUUGACUUCGGGUCUGCCACGUUCGACGACGAGUACCACUCGUCUGUCGUGUCGACCCGGCACUACCGGGCCCCCGAGAUUAUCCUGAACCUGGGCUGGAGCUUUCCCUGCGAUAUCUGGAGCAUCGGUUGCAUCCUCGUCGAGUUCUUCACCGGCGAUGCCUUGUUUCAAACGCAUGACAACCUGGAGCAUCUCGCGAUGAUGGAAGCUGUCAUUGGAGAGCGAAUCGACACUCGACUGGUGAGGCAGGUGAUGCAGGGUGGACGUGGCACGGGCCAGAAUCAGGCUGCCAAGUACUUCAACCGCAACCGACUCGAAUACCCGAACGAGCAGACCACUCGGGCCUCCCGCAAGUACGUGCGGGCAAUGAAGCAGCUUCCGGAGUUUAUCCCCGCCAACACCAAGUUUCAUAAACUGUUCCUCAACCUUUUGCAGCGGAUCUUCGUGUAUGACCCAAAGAACCGUAUCACUGCCAAAGAAGCUUUGAAGCACCCGUGGUUCAAAGAGUCCUUAGUGGAUGACGGCACGGAAGCUCUGCGGAUUGGGGAGCAGCUACAGCGCACCACGCAGCGUCGCUAGUAUAUCCACUCCGGCCUCAGAUCAAUCAUCUGGAGCCGACAGUCUGGAAAGCAAAGCAAAAAGAUAGAAGACUAGUAUUUUGGAUAAUCCUUCGCAGG